CAUUAAGGAAAUUUUGAAUGAUCAGAUUUAAAUAAAGUUUUCCUAUUACAUAAUAUUUACGUUCCCGUACUAGCCAGAUUACCGGUUUUAAGACAAAGUUUAAAUCUGACCAAUACGGGAACACAGCAAAUAUCCGAAAUUUGAUAAUGUGCUUUUUGCCAUAUGCUUGCAGCCAAACACAGCCAACCGCUUUUACAACCCAAUGUUCUUUAUCUCGAAGAAAAGCCACCCAAGAUUGUUAAGAAACAGAAGUCAACGAGAAGAGAACAAUCAAUAAAAAAUUGCAUUAAGAGAAAAACUAUUUCAAAAUCUAGAAGAUCUGGGAUCCGUCGUAAGAAAGCACAACCACAAUACACAAUGGAAGAGCAAAAGAAGUUUGAUUUUAAUAGGGGCGAUAAAGAAGCCAAAAUUGAAAAAGCUGAUUCAAACGAUCCGCUCUUUACAACUCGAUUAGAGUUUAAGCGCGAAUUGAGUGUAGAAAUAAUUGAUUCAAAUACUGAUUAUUUUGAUUCCAAAUAUGAUAAAAAUUACUGUGUGGAACAAUAUAAGGAAGAUGAUGAUAAAGAAUUUCAGUUUAAAGGCAAAUGGGAACAGCAUAAUAGCUUCUCAGAAGAUGAACAUGGUAAAGAGGAGAAAGAGGAGGGAUUUGAAGACGAGGAUGAACCUCUUAUAUUAUUAACUCAAACAUCAGCCAGUAAAAGUCGUAAGAAAAAGAAAGCAUGUCCACCUUUAUAUAAUUGUGCAGAAACUUGUAAACACAAAUGUACCGUAAAAUUCAAUAAACAGCGCAGAAUUGACAUUUUCGAUUACUACAUACAUUUGAGCAAAGAGGACAAAAUGAAUUUCAUACGCAAGCACAUUCGGAAACCGGUAAUACAACGAAUAUGCAACAAAAAACGACGUAAUAAUUAUUGUUAUUUUAUGAAAUGCUAUAAAAUUGGUCAAACUGCCACCAUUGAACAGCCGGAUCCAAAGGGUAUGAACAACAUUAGCAAUUAUGGCACUGAGGACCUAACGAAGGUAUGUCGUAAAUUUUUCGAAGGCACAUUGGGUAUUUCGAGUCCAGCUAUUAAUAAAGCCGUCGAGGGUUACGAACUACAGCCCGAAAGAAUUGUACUUCCUAUACGAAAACAUUUAAACGUUGAGGAAACCAAAUUAGCUGAAAAGUCAAAGAAAACACAAAAGCCGCAACAAUUUCUCGACCCAGAAACAGGCGAUUUAAGUGAUACCAGACCCAAACAAAAAACCCAACGUCGUAAACGAGGUGAACCAACACUAGAACAUUUUCCCAAACCCAUCAAUUGUUCUAUACGCUGUAUAUACAAAUGUCAUCAGAAUUUCAGCGAAGAGGAACGAAAACAAAUUUGUGAUAGUUUUUGGACCUUGGACUUUAAGAGACGUAAGGAUUUUAUACUGGCCCGCAUAGAAACAACCGAUGUGAAAUCUCCACUAACGCCCGAAUUUCGUAAAUCAAAUCGUCCUGCUCGUGCCUAUCAGACGAAAUUCUACCUACGCUCAGGCCUAAAAAGUGAAAAUAAAAGAGUUUGUAAACAUUUCAUGAUGAAUACACUGUCCAUUAAUCGUUUUUUUAUAGAAAAUGCCAUAGAAUUUGCCGAUAAAACAACAGGAUCGUACACAGGCACCGAUAGGCGAGGUACUCAUUCUCCCCACAAUAAAUUGCCUCAGGAGCUUAUACAGAUCGUGAAGGAUCACAUCAAUUCGUAUCCCUGUUGGUUGCCAAAUCAAAAAAGUAAAACCAAAUACCUACAUUACAAUCUGUCCAUAAAGAAAAUGUAUACGGCUUAUAAAGAGAAAUGUUUGGCUGAACAACAAAAAUAUGUCUCCAGUAGAAUCUAUUAUAAAGUGUUUCACGAAGAUUUUCGUCUAUUAUUCCUAACGGGUCCAGAUCCCAAAAAGAGAAGCGGAUUUUUACAGACCAAUCCUCAUAUAUCUCAUUAUACGGGUGAGGAAUUGGGUGGCUAUUGGAUAGACAGCAAAGGCAAUAAACUUGAUAUACUACGAUUAAACAAUCCAGCUCAAAGUGUUAAUAUCUGUCAAUAUUCGGUAGAUAGAUCUUUUGUGCCGAAUACCUCUGCAACAAAUGUUGUCGAUCCUACGUCUUCCAUGCAGCCUCUAAAAUUAGUGGUAAAUCCAUCAUCAUCAGUUGAUGUGGUUAAAUCUUAUCUAAAUCCUGCUCUUUUUUAAAAUUUCUCUCAAGUUUCCGAUAAUAUGUAAAGAAAAACAAUUUUAGUAUUAAAUAAAUUUUAAGAUAUUUUUAGUUAAAAAACUAAAAGCAUAAUUUGGGUUUUUUAUU